AUGGGCUGCGGGGUGUCUCGCCAGCCUUUUAGCACGGAGCUGAGGCCGUUGCGUGCCACGAGGGAAUGUGCACCCGGUGGCUUUGAUUGUGCUGCCGGUUGUGGUGGCCACCCGAAACAAAUUACGGGCGAAUCCCACGAGAAUGGCAUUUCUUCGGAGCGUCCCUCACCCGAUGGAGGUUCUGCCACCAAAAGUGACUCACCGCCGCCUCGUUUUUCGGCUGCCGAAACCGUCGUUGGUGGCAACAGCCAUAGGGAUGACAGCAGACAUGAAGUCAAAUUUUCUGUUGAAUGGAACCGUUCCGUUUCACCCGUGCCUGGUCUCUCCGAGUACGCAACGCUCCCAUUGCGUCAUGUACACAAGAAGCUGAAGCACAAUCAUCGUGUGUUUAGAAUAUGCCUUACAGGUGGUCCUUGUGGGGGGAAGUCGACGCUUCUCACGCAGCUGCAGGCAAAGAUGCCACAGCGCACAGGGUACAAAGUCUUUUGUGUCCCAGAGGCGGCGACGCUGCUUGUAACGGGCGGCAUGGUUUGGAACAGUGACCUCAUUGAGGAGCAGCAGUUGGCACUUAUCCGCGUGCAAAUAGGUCUGGAGGAUCAGUUCUACAAUGUGGCGAUGGCUUCGGGAGCGCCAAGCAUUGUCAUUUCCGACCGUGGAACGAUGGAUGGAAGGGCGUUUUGCUCCGAGGAGAUUUUUGAACGGAUAUUGCGACGUUUAAAUGUAACACUAGAGACGCUACGAGAUCGCUACGAUGCGGUCAUCCACCUUGUGACCGCUGCCAGUGGCGCCAAAGAGUACUACAAUCUGGACAACCCAAGCCGCUAUGAAAAUGUUGAGGAGGCCGUUGAGUCUGAUAAGAAGCUGCGGCAGGUGUACGUUGGCCACCCAAUGCUGCGGAUUAUUGACAAUUCCACGACGUUUGAAGAAAAGAUGGAACGCGGGCUGUCGUUGGUUGGGCAGGUCAUUGGGCAAAGGUUUUCAAUGCAGAACACAUCUUAUUAUUUGGUGCGUCAUUGCCCGAAGGAAUUGCCGGUACAGAGCGUCACAUCCACACUCACCAUCACGUUGUUGUGCAACAGCCAAAUCAACGAUGUUCGGCUUCUCAUUCGACGUGAGCAUCCCUCCGGUGAAUGCAUGUACUUUUUCAACUCCAUCCGGUGCGCGGGCAAAGGCAAUUCGUUUGGGCAGAAAGAUGGAUCAGAGGGCAGCGUCACGCGAGACGCAUCCCCCGUGUGCCAUGCGGAAAUACAGGCUGUGCAAAGCGCCUUUAUGGGGACCAUGGAAUCUGGCCAGCGUGUCAAGACCGAGCAACGUAUCAGCAGUCGAGAGUAUGCCACUCUGAUUUGUAACCGCGACGCACAAAGGCAUGAUGUCGUUUUGAAUGCUGUUCAGUUUAUCCACGACGAUGCGAGGUACGAGGUGACCACCAUCGUGGAGCCGCCAUGGGCAGCGGGAAAACAGGCAUUGACGCUCGAGUGUGACGACCAAGAAAAUGCGACAUUCCCGUCGUUUGUCAAAGUGGACCGCGAGGUGCCGAUUGACAGUCUCUCGACCGCUUUCCUGAUAUCCCAUACGGAGAUGGGGCCGCUUUACACAUCACUUGUCUACGCUCCCGUUUUUACGCGCGGCAUCUUGACGAGAGGAACACGUGCGGAUACGGACGGCAGCUGUGCCACAAGCGACAGCGGCCACCGGACCCCGCGAGCCUCGAGGCGGAAUGUUGAGGAUGACGCGGAUGAGAGGAAAGAGUUGAUGAGGAGGAAGAAAAAGAAACGCGUUAAGCGCACUGCCGUGACGGAUGAGGACGAGUCGUUGCCUCUGCAGAAAGCAGAGAAGAAGGCGGAUUUUACCGCCACUGUGGUAGAGGCAGUGGACGCAAAAGAAAUCCCCCCAAAUCCUCCCAGUCCGUCCAACUUGGGGCCAACCGACGACACACCGAACUUACCACCAGUACCAUCGGCAUCAACAACUCCUCCUUUGCCCAGCGGUCCUCCCACCGCAAACCCUCGCGGGGCGAUGACGGGGAUGCACUAA